CAAUUUGAGACGCUUUUCUCUGCCACGUAGCUUCAACUUCCUGAUGUAAAGUCAUACAUUGUGUUGCUCCGAAGUUAACCAAAUGCAUCUUCACCAGAAACAUUAGUCGAGAAAUGCCAACAUGGACUGAGCCUUGCUUGAACUGAAAUGUGUUUUUAGUUGAAGGAAUAGCAACUCAAUAUUAUGGGUUGCUCAACCCUGGCCCUCUCCAGUGUGGUGUCCACGCUUGGUGGCCUGGUCUUUGGCUACGAGCUGGGGAUUAUCUCCGGGGCUCUCCUCCAGCUCCAGGCCGAGUUCCGACUCACUUGUGUCCAGCAGGAGGCUGUGGUCAGUGCCCUUCUGAUCGGGGCCUUGCUGGCCUCCCUGUUUGGUGGGUGGCUGAUCGACCGCUACGGCCGGAGGAACUCCAUCCUCCACAGCAACGUCCUCAUCCUGGCCGGGAGUUUGAUUCUGGUCAGCAACUCUUACUUGGCACUGGUGGUGGGCAGAAUCACAGUGGGCUUUGCCAUGUGCAUCUCCUCCAUGUCCUGCUGUAUCUUUGUAUCGGAGAUGGUCACCCCCAAGCACAGAGGUUUUUUGGUGACUCUGUACGAAGUUGGUAUCACUGUGGGCAUCCUGGGAGCUUACGCCAUAAACUAUAUCCUGUCCGAUGCCAGGCAGGGAUGGAAGUAUAUGUUUGGGUUAGCCAUCGUGCCUACUUUGGCUCAGUUUGUCUCCAUUUGGUUUCUCCCGUCCAAUGCCGGAACACCUGCAGCAGUCCAAAGAGGUCUUAUUCACUCCAUUGAGAAUCACAAAGUGGAGAAUUCGGCACAUGUUUCCAACACACUCGAUAACCCACAGUACAGCUUUCUGCACCUCUUUCAACAGAAGGACAACAUGAGGACCAGGACUACCAUUGCGCUAGGCUUGGUGAUCUUUCAACAGUUCACAGGUCAGCCCAAUGUGCUCUUCUACUCCUCAACCAUCUUUCAAUCAGUGGGCUUCAAGAGCAAUGCCUCAGCAGUGCUGGCGUCCUUGGGUUUGGGGGUAGUCAAGGUGAUCGCCACCUUGGUCUCCAUGGUGUUUGCCGAUAGGGUUGGCAGGAGGCCUCUGCUCAUUGGUGGAUGUAUAGUAAUGUCCGUGUGUUUGAUGACCAUAGGACUUUUGAGCGGGCGUUCAGUGGUCCACACCAACACACCCUGUAAUGCUGGGGAUUAUGUCAAUAACAGCACACCCCUAUCGCAGCUAACGGUGGAAAAUCAAUCAAGCUUUGACAUUUCUGUCAGUCAACGCCUUGGACGUCACGAUAGGACCGAAGUAAGGCAUAUCACUUACGAUGCUGAGAGAUCCUUAGGUACUUUGAUGCCAGUGGCUUCUCCAGCUGUCCACAAUGGAGUGGUGAACUGGAUCAUUUUAUUCUGUAUGAUGGCAGUCGUCAGUGCAUACUCAGUUGGAUUUGGACCAAUGACCUGGCUCAUUUUGAGUGAAAUAUUUCCUGCUGCGGUCAGAGGGAGAGCGUUUGCCUUCACAAACUGCUUCAACUGGGCUGCCAACUUAAUUGUCACAUUCUCCUUCUUGAAUGUCAUCAAUGUGAUUGGUUUGUCUGGGACAUUCCUUUCUUAUGGUCUGAUUGGAGUGGGAGCGGUGGUGUUCUUUUACUUCAUGUUACCAGAGACCAAAGGGAAAUCACUGGAGCAAAUAGACAGGGAGCUCUGUUUGAAAAGGGUACACAACAGUGAAGAAUGCUGUAACAUCCUUAGCAGGAGAAUCACUUCCCCCGGGUAUCAAAGAGUGCACAUUGUUAGCUCAGCAACCCAAUGUUGAGUAAGUCUACCCAAGUGUUACAUUCUAAGUAUAUAUACUGAAACAACGGACUGAUGCUAAUGGCGGUAUUGAAAAGUUUAGCAUAGUGAUCCGUCCAGCUACCAUAACAGAGCUUACGACAUGACUGAACAAUGUUUUUAUUGCACUGGUAUUUCAAACUUAUUUUUCAAAUGCUUGUGAACAAUUCUGUCACUUGUUUUCACAAAUGAAAAUGAAACACAAUGUUUUUGCAAGUGACUCUGCUCUUUCUACUACUUUUCAAGUCUGCAAGAAAAAUAACAGCAGUUUUCCAUUUCCAUCAAGAGUCAACCUAUACGGAGGUCAUCAUCUGGCAUCACCAUCAUCAGUUUAGGAGUCUGAGAUCGCUGAUCCACUGAGGGAGUCUUGCUCUAACCAAUGACAAUGUUGUCCUAUCCUUCACUUUGUUCUAUGUAUAACCAAGUAUGCCUAGCCUACAAUGUUUAUUUUUGUAAAAUGUUUAACCAUUUAGAGAACCAUAAUGGAAAUACGUUUUCAAACUUUUGUGUCAUCCUCAAAGAUUUUAAAUGCAUUAUCCACGUGUGGUUGUAUUGUGUUUGAAAUCAAAUAAAUCUAUAACCUCGACUCCAUAGCCGCAUGGGGCUCCUUAACUGGGCCAUUACGUCGCAAUUGGUGAUCUAAUCUAAUUAGUCAUUCAAAGUCGUUAGUCUUUCAAGUUCACUAGAAUUCAUCAAAUGGCACUCUGCCAGAUAAUGAAGCUCUAAAACAGUAGUCUAACUAAACCUAGCAUUACAAUGAAAAUGUAUCACAAUUGUCACAAUUCAUUUCAAACAUAGCAAAAUGUAUAUACAGUGCAUUCGGAAAGUAUUCAGACCCCUUAACUUUUCCACAUGUUACGUUGCAGCCUUAUUCUUCAACAUGCUCCUCAAUCUAAACAUAAUAACCCACAAUGACAAAGGGAAAACAGGUUUUUAGAAAUUGUUGCAUAUUUAAUCAAAAUCAAACACAUCUUAUUUACAGUUGAAGUCGGAAAUUUACAUACACCUUAGCCAAAUAAAUUUAAACUCAGUUUUUCACAAUUCCUGACAUUUAUUCCAAGUAAAAAUGCCCUGGUCAGUUAAGAUCACCAUUUUAUUUUAAAAAUCUGAAAUGUCAGAAUAACAGUAGAGAGAAGGAUUUAUUUCAGCUUGUAUUUCUUUCAUCACAUUCCCAGUGGGUAAGAAGUUCACAUACACUCAAUUAGUAUUUGGUAGCAUUGCCUUUAAAUUGUUUAACUUGGGUCAAACAUUUCGGGUAGCAUUCCACAAGCUUCCCACAAUAAGUUGGGUGAAUAUUGGCCCAUUCCUCCUGCCAGAACUAGUGUAACUGAGUCAGGUUUGUAGGCCUCCUUGCUCCCACACGCUUUUUCAGUUCUGCAUACAAAUUUUCUAUAGGAUUGAGGUCAGGGCUUUGUGAUGGCCACUCCAAUACCUUGACUUUAACUGUUUAUAUAGAUACUUUUGUACCCGUUUCCUCCAGCAUCUUCACAAGGUUCCUUUGCUGUUGUUCUGGGAUUGAUUUGCACUUUUCGCACUAAAGUACGUUCAUCUCUAGGAGACAGAACGCGUCUCCUUCCUGAGCGUUACGACGGCUGCGUUGUCCCAUGGUGUUUAUACUUGCGCACUAUUGUUUGUACAGAUGAAUGUGGUACCUUCAGGCAUUUGGAAAUUGCUCCCAAGGAUGAACCGGAAUUUUUUUUAUGAGGUCUUGGCUGAUUUCUUUUGAUUUUCCCAUGAUGUCAAGCAUAGAGGCACUGAGUAUGAAGGUAGGCCUUGAAAUACAUCCACAGGUACACCUCCAAUUGACUCAAAUGAUGCCUAUCAGAAGCUUAUAAAACCAUGACAUAAUUUUCUGGAAUUUCCCAAACUAUUUAAAAGGCACAGUCAACUUAGUGAAUGUAAACUUCUGACCCACUGGAAUUGUGAUAGUGAAUUAUAAGUGAAAUAAUCUGUAAACAAUUGUUGGAAAAAUGUAGUGUGUCAUGCACAAAGUAGAUGUCCUAACCGACUUGCCAAAACUAUAGUUUGUUAACAAGAAAUGUGGAGUGGUUGAAAAUGAGUUUUAAUGACUCCAAACUAAAUGUAUGUAAACUUCCGACUUCAACUGUACAUAAGUAUUCAGACCCUUUGCCUAUGAGAUUCAAAAUUGAGCUCAGGUGCAUCCUGUUUCCAUUGAUCAUCCUUGAGAUGUUUCUACAACUUGAUUGGAGUCCACCUGUGGUAAAUUCAAUUGAUUGGAUAUGAUUUGGAAAGGCGCACACACCGGUCUAUAUAAGCUUCCACAGUUGACAGUGCAUGUCAGAUCAAAAACCAAGCCAUGAGGUCGAAGGAAUUUCCGCCGAGCUCAGACAGGAUUGUGUCGAGGCACAGAUCUGGGCAUGUAUACCAACAAACUUCUGCAGCUUUGAAGGUUCCCAAGAACACAGCGGCCUCAAUCAUUCUUUAAUGGAAGACAUUUGGAACCACCAAGGCUCUUCCUAGAGCUGGCCACCCAGCGAAACUGAGAAAGCGGUGGAGAAGGGCCUUGGUCAGAGAGGUGACCAAGAACCCAAUGGUCACUCUGACAGAGCUCUAGAGUCUCUGUGUGGAGAUGGGAGAACCUACCAGAAGGACAAGCUUCUCUGCAGCACCCCACCAAUCAGGCCUUUAUGGUAGAGUGACCAGAUGGAAGCCACUCCUCCGUAAAAGGCACAUGACAGCCCACUUGGAGUUUGACAAAAGGCAUUUAAAGGACUCAGACCAUGAGAAACAAGAUUCUCUGGUCUGAUGAAACCAAGAUCUAAAUCUUCGGCCUGAAUGCCAAGCGUCACAUCUGGAGGAAACCUGGCACCAUACCUAUGGUGAAGCAUGGUGGUGGCAGCAUCAUCAUGCUGUGGGGAUGUUUUUCCACCGGCAGGGACUGGGAGACUUGUCAAGAUUGAGGGAAAGAUGAACGGAGCAAAGUACAGAGAGAUCCUUGAUGAAAACCUGCUCUAGAGCGCUCAAGACCUGACUGGGGCGAAGGUUCACCUUCCAACAGGACAACACUAAAGCACACAGCCAAGACAACACAGGAGUGGCUUCUGUACAAGUCUCUGAAUGUCCUUGAGUGGCCCAGCCAGAGCCCAGACUUUAAAUGUAUGUAGUUCUGUCCUUGAGCUGUUCUCGUCUAUAUGGUUCUGUAUUAUGUCAUCCUGUAUUGUUUCAUGUUUUAUUGUGGACCCCAGGAAGAGUGGCUGCUGCUUUUGCAACAGUUAAUGGGGAUCCUAAUAAAACACAAAAAUACUCAAACAUCUCUGGAGACCUGAAAACAGCGGUACAGCGAUGCUCCCCAUCCAACCUGACAGCGCUUGAGAGGAUCUGGAGAGAAGAAUGGGAGAAACUCCGCAAAUACAGGUGUGCCAAGCUUGUAGCGUCAUACCCAAGAAGACCCGAGGCUGUAAUCGCUGCCAAAGGUGCUUUAACAAAGUACUGAGUAAAAGGACGGAUUACUUAUGGAAAUGUGAGAUUUAAAAAAAAAAGUAUUAUAAAUGUGUAAUUUUCUAAAAACCUGUUUAUGCUUUGUCAUUAUGGAGUAUUGUGUGUAGAUUGAUAAGAAAAACUAUUUAAUACAAUUUAGAAUAAGGUUGUAACAAAAUGUGGGAAAGGGCAAGGAGUCUGAAUACUUUCCAAAUGCACUGUAAGUGACCUCAAAAGAAUACUAUAAGGAAAGUAAUGUUAAUAAAACCUUACAAUCAGGAGACACUGAAAAAAAAACAUAUAUACAGUCAGAUUUACUUGAUAAAUAAAACACGUGUUUAUUUACACAAAUAUUUUCAAAGGACAUACAAAUAUAUACAGUGAAGUAAGGACUCAAAUUUGUCGAUGUAUGCAUGUAUUUUUCAUAUAUUGAGAUUUCAAAUGAAGAAAAAAAAGGAUGCAUAUGUACAGCAGGGUCUAUCCUUACACAAGAUGAACAUUUAUGGCACUAAAACGCAGAGAAAAUGUAAUACAUCUUCCAGUAUCUACAGUGGCAAGAAAGUAUGUGAACCCUUUGGAAUUACCUGGAUUUCUGCAUAGAUUGGUAUUCAAAUUUGAGCUGAUCUUCAUCUGAGUCACAACAAUAGACAAACAGUGUGCUUAAACUAAUAACACAAAUUAUUGUAUUUUUCUUGUCUAUAUUGAAUACAUAAUUUAAAGAAUCACAGUGUAGGUUGGAAUGUGAACCAAUAAGCCAAGGAGUCAGCUAACCUGGAGUCCACUCAAUGAGACGAGAUUGGAGAUGUUGGUUAGAGCUGCCUUGCCCUGUAAAAAAACUCACUCAAAUUUGAGUUUGCUACUCACAAGAAGCAUUGACUGAUGUGAACCAUGCCCUGAACAAGAGAGAUCUCAGAAGACCUAAGAUUAAGAAUUGUUGACUUGCAUAAAGCUGGAAAGGGUUACAAAAGUAUCUCUAAAAGCCUUGAUGUUAAUCACUCCACAGUAAGACAAAUUGUCUAUAAAAUGGAGGAAGUUCAGCACUGUUGCUACUCUCCAUAGGAGUGGCCAUCCUGCAAAGAUGACUGCAAGAGCACAGCGCAGAAUGCUCAAUGAGGUUAAGAAGAAUGCUACAAUGUCAGCUAAAGACUUACAGAAAUCUCUGGAACAUGCUAACAUCUCUGUUGAAGAGUCUACGAUACGUAAAACACUAAACAAGAAUGGUGUUCAUGGGAGGACACCACGGAAGAAGCCCCUG